CUCCUGGUCGAGUGGGCGGAGUCAGCGCGGAGCCGCUCGCUAUUGGCUACCCAGCAGGCAGCGCGGCCUAGCGCGGGAACGGCGCGGAGGGUGAGACCUACGGUCCUCCCCUCAGCCCCCACUGUGUGCCCUCAGGAUGGGGAUCCACGGCCUGGCCAAGCUGAUCGCCGACGUGGCGCCCGCCGCCAUCCGGGAGAACGACAUCAAGUCUUACUUCGGCCGCAAAGUGGCCAUCGAUGCCUCCAUGAGCAUCUACCAGUUCCUGAUCGCCGUGCGGCAGGGAGCCGAGGUGCUGCAGAACGAGGAGGGCGAGACCACCAGCCAUUUGAUGGGUAUGUUCUACCGCACCAUCCGCAUGGUGGAGAACGGCAUCAAGCCUGUCUAUGUGUUUGACGGCAAGCCGCCGCAGCUCAAAGCCGGGGAGCUGGCCAAGAGGACGGAGCGCCGCUCCGAGGCCGAGAAGCACCUGCAGGAGGCGCAGGAGGCCGGUGAGGAGAACAACAUUGAGAAGUUCAGUAAGAGGUUGGUGAAGGUGACCCAGCAGCACACUGAUGAGUGCAAGAAGCUGCUGAUGUUGAUGGGCAUCCCCUAUGUGGAGGCGCCAGGGGAGGCGGAAGCCAGCUGUGCUACGCUGGUGAAGGCAGGGAAGGUGUACGCGGCCGCCACGGAGGACAUGGAUUGCCUGACAUUUGGGAGCCCUGUGUUGAUGCGGCACCUCACUGCCAGCGAGGCAAAGAAGCUGCCCAUCCAAGAGUUCCACCUGAACCGCAUCCUGCAGGAUCUGGGGCUGACCUGGGAGCAGUUUGUGGAUCUCUGCAUCCUCCUGGGCUGCGACUACUGCGAGAGCAUCCGCGGCAUCGGGCCCAAGAGGGCAGUCGAGCUCAUCAAGCAGCACAAAACCAUUGAAGAAAUCAUCCAGCACAUUGACACCAAGAAGUACCCCUUGCCUGACAACUGGCUGCACAAAGAGGCCCAGAAGCUCUUCCUGGAGCCUGACGUUGUUAAUCCCGAUGACAUCGAGCUGAAGUGGACGGAGCCAAACGAGGAGGAGCUCGUGCAGUUCAUGUGUGGGGAGAAGCAGUUCAACGAGGAGCGCAUCCGCAAUGGGGUCAAGAGGCUGAGUAAGAGCCGGCAGGGCAGCACACAGGGCCGGCUGGAUGACUUCUUCAAGGUGACAGGCUCCAUCACAUCGGCCAAGCGCAAGGAGCCUGAAACCAAGGGGUCAGCAAAAAAGAAAGCCAAGACCAACAGCACCACAACCAAGUUCAAAAAGGGGAAAUAGCUGGACUGGCCAAGCACAAACCUCUGUUGUUAGUUUUUAUGCUCAGCUGGGAACUUUAGGCUAAUAAAUAGACAGUCAUCUUAGUGUUCUUGCUGGGAGGGGUGCUGUGUGUGUUGAUGUCAAAUCCUUUUAACACAAACAGCAGGGGGAGGUGAAAACAGGGCAAGGUGGAGUUGUGAGGAGAAUGAAAUGAUGAGGUAAGAGGCUCCCUUUAAUGAGGAACUCAGGUUCUGUCUUAAUGUGUAUAAACCAAGGACAAGCUGAGCUAAAACUGUAGCACUGAAGCCCCAGCCUUCCUACCAGGCUCUGUUUUAUGUUUAACAAGAAAAAUGUCAAUAAAACUAGGAAGACAAUAAAACAUCCCUUAUUUUCUUGACGCAUCCUUCCAUGUUGUAUACACAGGCACACAAGUCCCAUGCUAAGGAGAAAUAAAAGAUAAAGACAUUGCCUUUUU